GAAAACAGUUGUUCACGUGUAAUUUGGGGUAAGAUGUCGCAGACCGGUGGUGCUUCAGUCUCAUCACAUGCAACGAGGGGGAUUGUGAAGCAGGUUUUGUCGGGAGAUACAGUUGUGAUUCGUGGCCAGCCUUGUGGGGGACCACCACCCACCAGAACGAUAGCACUCUCUAAUAUCUUAGCACCACGAUUGGCACGUAGAGGAAAUCCAAAUGUGGAAGGCUCUUUGGAUACUGUGGAUGAGCAGAUCUGCUGCCGAAGGCUCUUGCGAGGAUCGGGCUGCAAGUUGUGCCUUAUCCCUUUUUCAUGGGAAGCACGGGAGUUUCUCCGGAAACUUUUAGUUGGAAAAGAAGUGAAGUUUGUUGUGGAGCACAAGGCUACAAAUCGAGAAUAUGGCACUAUAUGGGUUGCAGCUAAUGGAUGCAAUGUGGCGGAUCAGUUACUUAACGAGGGAUUGGUUGAAGUCCGACAAGCUGGAGCUAGGCCAAGCGAUUAAACUCGGUACAC